AUGAAUCCACUCAAGUGUGCAUUUGGAGUUACCUCAGGAAAGUUUCUUGGCUUCAUUGUGCGUCAUAGUGGAAUUGAAGUUGAUCCCGCAAAGAUUGACGCCAUUCAAAAAAUGCCCGAGCCAAAGAACUUGAGGGAGCUUCGAAGUCUACAGGGAAACUUAGCAUUCAUAUGGAGGUUCAUCUCUAAUCUGGCUGGACGAUGUCAACCUUUCAAUCAUCUAUUGAGGAAGGAUAUCCCUUUUCAUUGGGAUCAGUCAUGUCAAAAUGCUUUCGAAAGCAUCAAAAGAUACUUGUUGAAUCCACCUGUGUUAGGGGCACUAAUGCUUGGGAAGCUAUUGAUACUCUACAUUGCAGCAUAA